GUUUACCAUGAUUUACUCUUGUGGUUUUAUGGAUAUGAUUAUCAUGUAUCACAGUCAUCUACAAAACAGACAACGGCAUUGUUAAUUCUUCCAACCCUCGCACAGCAAUCGUUUGAGUAAUUAACCUGUGACCUGGUCACCUGGCACAUUCUCUUCAUGGCAUCAUGUCCUUGUCUGAGCUACCCCAUGAACUGCUUGUCUUGAUCUUUCAGACUCUCGAUUCAUCCUCUCUCAGGCAUGUGCGGUUGCUGAACAAAGCGUGCGCCUCGGCUGCUGCUAUUCCUCUCUUCCACACAAUCCACCUUCGCCCGCUCCACCGAAGUUGGCGUCGAAUCGACUGCGUGAGCACUGCCUCACAUCUUCAAAAACAUGUCAGGUCUGUUCAUCUCAACACUGAUGUCCUCAACCCCAAUCACGGUCAGCAACUGCGAAGUCAUGGCUUCCGUACCCUAAUCCUACAGAAGAGUUACACCUCCAUCAGUGGCCUCGCCGUCCGGACCAUCUCUGAGGAACAGAUCGAUGCUCUCUACUUGGCCUACAUGGAUAUUCUCCGAGAGCAAGUCGCCUUUGAGUCGAUUCGCCCAACUGAUAUCCGAAGUGUCUUGACCAGCUUCCCCCAUCUUCAAGAGAUCUGCUGCCAGAGAAAUGGCUGUGAUUACGAGCCUCUCUUGUCCUCCUUCAUCUUGUCUCCCGCGUGGCCCGUUGCUCGAUCUCCCUUCCGCCACUUCUACCGCGUCUGCAUGUCCCUGCAGCUGGAAUCGCUAACCCUAGAUCCCUUGUCUUGGGGCGACAUCCUUUAUCCCUUCACUCAGACCGAGCAAGAACUGCGCAUGACCAGGACACAGAAAUUGAAGCUGGGCCUCAAUAACGAAUCCUUCGACCGCGACCAACUUAUGCAACCCCAACACCUGAAACGAUUGGUAACUUACCUGUCGCUCUUCUCCAAGUUGCAGCAUCUUUCAAUCCACCUCGGGACCUUAACACGACAACCACGAUCUCCACGAUCUCCUCCACAGAAUAAAAUCUCAAACGCCGUAACAGGCAUGAUAUUCCCGACGUUGAAACACGUGUCCUUUUGCUCCUUCAACACCGAAAUCUCGCCUCUGCUGGCCUUCCUCCGAAACCACUCUGCCACCCUCCAUCAUCUCCAUCUUGAAGAUGUCACCAUCUUACCAAACAUCCUAUCCGCCAGUGGAGAAGAUUCUGUGAUGGAGCUGUUUGGAGAAAUCCGGGAUGCAUGCAACUUACAAACCGUCACACUGUCCGGCACAUUCACCAACCUGCGAGACGAAGCUUGGGAAGUCAGAGACGACAAGAAAUCACCGGAGUGCUUGUGUGUGAAGCUGGAGAUGUACAUGGCCCGCAAAGGGAAGUGGCCAAUUGGCGAUUCUCCUGCACACUACCAGAGACAAAGAUUGGACCGGGCCGAGUGGCUAGAAGAAAUCGAAUACACAAUGCAGAGCUCCGAGUCUCACACGGAAUAUUUGACCUUUGAGGUGGACGAUUCGUGGCAGGAUUUGAGUUGGCAAUGGGCCACGCAUUUAUUGCUCUAGUAGCGCCAGUGGUCGCUGGUAUGAACCAGGGGACAAAAAUCAUGUUUCAAUUCUCAGAGCUUGCAUCGCCUAACGAUGCCACAGACGCUUGUGUCCAGACGAGUUGU